AUGCGUUCGAUGGAGUUCACAGGCUUGCCGGGCCGCAUGGUCAUCAUGAAGGACCUCUCGAAGAUCAUGGGCGAGUUCCCCUACCAGCAGCCGACCGUCUUCAAUUUCUACCUGCCCCAGUAUGCGCCCGACGGUCUCCCCGAUGGCAUGGUGGCGCCUGAGUUCCAGAUCUUUGACGCGCCCCUCGUCGUCAGCUUCGCCGAGGCGAUGAUAUCAAUGAUUAAGAACCAGGGUCUGAGUGACUACGACGGGGGCUACGGCAUCCCUUCCUGGAAUUGCAAGGGCUCGUUCCGGCUGCUCAAAAACUUCGACACCAUGGAGGAGCUCUGGUCGCAAAUGGACCUCCUCCUGACGGGUGGCCGGCUGGGCCCCAUGAAGGAAGACAUCGUGAGUUUCGCCGGCACAAGAGUGGGUGACUCUGUAUGCAUCCAGAGCGCGCAGUACGCAGUGGUCCUGAGCCCUCAUUUCCACACCCUUGGUGGGGUGCUGCCAGAGGGUCCUAGGUCGCCGCUCGGAGACCAUGGCAGCGCCACUUCCAGCAGCGCGGGCUAUAAGGCAAUGGUUGUCCUCUACCUCUUCGGAGGCGUCGGCUCCUUCAAUAUGCCCGUGCCGCUGGAAUGCGCCCUUUACGACCAGUACGUGUCGAUCCGCAAGACUGUGGCCUUGCAGCCGUCCCAGCUGUUGGAGAUCAACUCUGAUGGGCAGGCUUGCACCGCAAUUGGUAUCCAUGGCCAGCUCACCAUCGUCAAGGAGCUUUACGACGACGGCGAUGCAGCCUUCGUGACCAACGUGGGUAACUUGAACGAGCCGCGACUUGGCCAUCCGAGCGCCCGGACGUGCCCCGGAGGGUUCUCGCACAAUGACAUGCAGCACGCGUCGCAGACGCUCUAUUGCCAGAUAGGCAUGAACUUCAAGAAUGGAGGGGGAGGCAGGAUGGCCGAUGCUCUGGCAGCAAGUCAGGUUACCUAUAGUGUAAAAUCGUUCUCCCUGUCGGGGCAGGCCGCGUGGUCCGAAGGCCAGGUCACCAAGCGUAGCGUCAUCUCAGGAACGCAGACCGAAGGCGGUUUUCAUCCAGACCCGCGGGCCCAGCGCAUCAUCAACAAUUUGACCACGGUCGAGUUGUCCAGCAUCUACGCGAAGGAGUAUAUCAACGCUUUCGGCGAGAGUGUGAACUCCUUUAACGGAAUUCAAGAGGCGCUCGAGAGUGGAGAUAGCUUGUUGCAGAUCCCCGCUAACAAUUAUGGGUGGAUGGAGCAGUUGAAGCAAGUGGCCCGCCUCGUCGCGGCUCGGACCAGCCGCUUCGCCGAGCGGGACUUCUUCUUCUUCGUCGGUUUCGGUGGCUUCGACAUGCACUCCAACCUGGAGGGCCGGCUGUUCUCGAUGUUUGGGACGAUGGACAUGGGCAUCAGAGCGUUCGUGAACGAGAUGAAAGCCCAGGGAAUUUGGGAGAACGUAUUGCUUGCAACCCAAUCCGAUUUUGCGCGAACUUUGGAUCCUAAUGCAGACAUGGGUACUGACCACGCUUGGGCUGGCAAUCAUUUCAUCCUGUCGGGUGCAGUGAAUGGUGGCAGGAUCUACAAUCAGUUCCCGGAGCCGCUCGCUGCUGGCAACCCCGCAGAUCUUGGUCGCGGCCGGCUCAUUCCGAAGUACCCCUAUGAGAGCUAUAUGGUACCUAUUGCCAAGUGGCUUGGUGUUGAGUACGGGCGCCUUGGAACCGUCUUCCCAAACUUCCCAAACUUCAACAGCUCGUUCAUCAUCCCUCAGCUGAAUCUCAUUAGCAGUUGA